UGUCGUCCGGCUGUGAGUGAAUGACUUUUCUGAUCUUCUCCUCUCGUCUGACAAAAAGAGAUAAGAUUAUUCUCGGCAUCUGUUCUUCAUUAGUUCACUAGAUCUGAGGGAUUGACUAAAUCAAGAUGCUGCUGAUCAUUGAAGCUCUUCUCUUUUUAGCUGUUCUAAGACAGGAUCACAGAAUUGCUGUUGAAGAAACAACAUAUCCAUUGGAUAUGGCACCGGACUCUGUUGAUGACCUGUAUUACGGCUGUGGAGAGAAAAUGGCAGAUCUGGUGGAGAAAGAAUAUCUGAAGAAGGAAAAAGAAAACUCAGAGAUUUUUAGAGAGGCUUGGAUAAAAGCUGAAAAUAAAAUCAGUAGAUGGAAUAUUUUGAGCAAACUAAAAAGAACACAUAAAAUUGCCAUACGUGUGUAUACUGAUAAUGACUUAUAUAGUAAAUUCAAUGGUGACACUCGUACUGGCAAACAAAAUUACAAAGGAAUGACAUACAAAUGGUAUUCACUUCACUUUCUGUUAACAGAAGCGAUACAGAUUCUGAAGAAAAAACAAAAUAGAUGCUUUGAUACUUUUCGUGGUACAAAAUCUGGCUUUAAUGGUAAUGUUUUUGAAGACGUUCGUUUUGGCUCAUUUGCAUCAUCCUCUCUUGAUCGUGAAAGAGCAAAAGAAUUUGGACGUGUAUCUUGUUUUGAAAUCCACACUUGUGAAGGUGCUAAUGUGACAAAAUAUUCUACGUAUACUUAUGAGGAAGAGGUGCUGAUUCCUCCUUAUGAGAAGUUUAAGGUCACUGCUGUCAAGACAAGAACGGAUGAGCCAGAUCUCUGGUGUGAGACUGUGUACACAUUGAAAAGCUCUGGAAUAAGAAGUGACCUGAACUGUGCUCUAUUCAAUGAACCAACCAAGACCAUAACUAUUCCCUGAACAAAGUGCUUUGAUUUUACAUGAUGUGCAUCAGUUCAGGACCAAAAAUAUGAUAAACAUCUCUGGUGUGACACUGUGUCCAGCUCUGGGAAAAUAAGUGAUCUGAACUGUACAAUCGCAUCAAACAGUUGCUUUCUUUAAUGUUGUGCUAAUUUUAACAUUAUUUUCUUAUGUG